AUGUAUAAACUGCAAGUGGUUUUAAUACCACCGAGUGCCAAAGAUGCAUUUAUACAAAUGAACGUUCCAACUAACCCAAAUGAAUCAUCUCAAACCAUACACAAUAGAUCUAAUGUGUUACCAAAUACAAUGAUGAACGGUGUUGAAACAUCGAUGCAGUUUAUAAAUCCAAAUAUGACAAAUACAUCAAUGAUACGUCCAAAUUUCAUAGGUCAAUCCAAAAUAAAGAAAUUUUUACAUUUCACGAAACCAUCUAAUUCAUUAUUUGAUCUAUCAGAAGAAAUCUUAAGUAAAUGCGAAAAAAUGUAUCCCUCUGUGGCUAACGAAGUAGAAAUCUUGAGUCUACAAGACAUUAGCGGUUGUGAUCUUGACCCAGAUUUUAUAGUGAAAGAUAUCUUCAACAUUGAAAACACUGUUCGUGUGAUUCUCAAAAAUGAGUUAAAUACAGAUGAUCAAGCCAGUACUUCCUUAUAUAGAAAUUAUAAAAGAAGAAAACUUAAUGAUGGUGUUUCUCAACAGACUAACCACCUUCCACUCGGUAACAAUAUUCAAUCUCAUUCUAAUGGUACACUGAACAUCGGGAAAAAGCGUUCAGCAACGUCUUCUGGAAUCAGACCUUCAAUUAAUGGUACAUCAGCUUUAAGAAUAUCAACGCCUUUGGCCCGUCAAAUAUAUCCACCUUCUGGAAUGACUAAGAUCUCAAAUAAUUCAGAUGAUGAGAAUGAUGAUUUCAGUGAAAGGUCGUUUUUACCUCCACCAAAUCAACCUCAAUCACCACCUAUCCGCAUUAGUUCUGGUAUGGAUACUACUAAAAAGAUCAAAUCCACCGUUAUAGAAGAAGAUACUGUCUCUAGAUCCGAAAUGGUCGAUCCAGAUAAAUCAAAACAACAAAGAAUUUUAUCUGGUACCCCAGGACGUUCUACCAUGACUCCAAAUAGAGUUACAUUAACAGGACAAAGAGUUCUAUCUGAAAAUUAUGGGAAUUCGAAUGGGAAUGGACUAAUUUUCUCUGGAUCCAAACAAACCGCUAUGAAAAGACAAGAACAACCCCCAGUCUCCUCGCCAAGAAUAACUUCAGGAAUGUUAACAAUUCCAGAACCAAAAAUUUCAGAAGUGGAGAAAGAAUUACAUGAAGGUCCAUCCAGUCCUGCUUCUAUCUUACCUGCAAAAUCCGAUAGAAUUCCAAUGAAGAAACCAUAUUCUGAACGAAAUUCCGAUAUGGCUACUGAUUUGAAUGAAGAUUAUGAAGAAGAACUUGAAGAGAACCACGCCUACAACACUAAACCUAAUAAAUUAUUUGAUAAUUUAAUCUCUAAAGAAACAACUGUCAAAGCUACAUCUCCGCCACAAAGGAAAACUUCAUUGCAAACAAAAGUCAAUAAUAAGGCAACACGUAUUUCGUCUCAACAGUAUCAAGAAGAAGACUUGAAAAGGAUAAGUAGCUUUCCUGAUGAUGACGAAGAUGAAGAACAAGAAAAGAAGGAGAUCCCAGAAGAUCAACAUAAGAUUUCUGCUAUUGGUCAACCUAAUGCAACCUUUGAUAAUACAGAAGCAAUCCAAGAUAUUGAAAUAGAUAAUGAGGAUGAGGCAUCUGAACUAAUUGAUAACACCUCUGAGAAAGCCGACGGAGACUUCAGCCCUAAUGAAAAGACAGAAUUAUUGAAAAUGAUUGAUAACUUUAUACCCGAACCAUCUUCAUCGGCAAAGAAAUUGGAGCAACAUGACAAGAAAAUCAAAGAACAACCUGGUAGAAAAUCUCCAACCUUGAAAGACGUUAUUAAGGAAUCUCAAACGUCUUCUGUACAAGUUGAUAAAUUAAAACCGAAAAAUAUCUCCGGAGAGAAGGAUGUGAAGAAACAGGAUAGUAUUUCAUCCAUAGGAACCACCCUAAAUGCAGCCGAAAUAAAAAUGAAUUCGAAAAAAAGAGUUAAUGAAGAAUCGAAAGAGAAUGCUAUUGUAAAGAAACCUUUAACUAAAAGUGUAUCUGGUUCUUCUUCAAUAAAUACCCAACCUAAAAAAUCGAAAGUUGAAAUGGAACCAAUUCCAGUUGCAAAAGGUAACAAAAUGAAAACUUUAGAAUUUUCAACUGACGAAGAAUCUACUGACGAUGAAAACGAUACUACUCCAAAGAAAAAGAUAGAGAACACAACUGCUGUUGGAAAAUUCAAAUUUAAGAAACAAGAAGAAGAACUUCCAAUUUCCAGAUCUCACAAAGAUAUUAAACUUGCGUCACCUCAAGAAACAGAAAAAAAGCCUACCCAAUCUGUAACAUCUACUAAGAAGAUUAUUGAAAAUAAGGCAAUUGUUGAUAAAAAAACAUCUUCUGGUUCAGAUUCAGAUCCAACCUCCUCAGCUUCUUCCUCUGAUGAAAGCGAAUCUUCUUCCUCUUCUUCAGAGGAUGAGAAUGAUAGAAACGUCACUCUUUCUAAACCAGGUAAGAAUCCAUUUGCUGGAAAGUCCUUAACUGCAUUACUUGAUCAUAAAUUAACUGCUACCACUAAAUCUAACAAGCCUUCCCCACGUGAAAAUCUUUCCCAAACCAAACCAAGAACGUUUGCAGGUAAGCUAAAAGAUUACCAAACACCUGAAGUAAUUGAGAGCGAUGAAGAAGAUAGUUCAGCCUCUUCUUCGUCUUCUUCUUCUUCCUCUUCCGAAGAUGAAAGUAUGGAAGAAUCAAAAGACUCUAAAGCUUCUAGUUCUGAACCCAAAACUACUGCAUCGUCAAGUACACGAUCUUCACCAUCAAAGGAAUCAAGCUCAACUAUCGCGACCAAGACCGACCUUAAAAAAGAAGUUGUAAAGCAAUCAUCUUCAAGUACAACCAUCAAAACAGAUGAUAGGAAAGAACUGGCAGAACAAUCAAGCUCGAUUAUCGCCACUAAGGGAGAUAACAAGAAAGAAGCAGUAAAGGAUACCAAUACAAAAGUUCCUGAACUUGCAAAUACUAAACUUCAGGAUUCAUUGAACGAAUAUAGUGAUGAUGAUUUACGAUUAGCUAUGGAAGUGAUUACAGCCCAACCUAAAGAAGAAAAAGAAGAAAAUAAAUUAUCUACUCGAGAAAAAGCUGAAUUAAAAAAGCAAGAAAGGGAGGCAAAUAAGUUGAAAAGAGCACAAGAGUUAGAAGCGAAGAAGAAGGCGAAGGAAGAGCAAAUGUUGAAAAGAAAAGAGGAGACCGAAAGAAAGAAGAAGCUGAAAGAAGAGGAAAUCUUAAAGAAGAAAGCUGAAGCUGAAAGAAAGAAGAAACUUAGAGAGGAGGAGGCUUUGAAAAAGAAAGUUGAACUUGCAGCUAAAAAGCAAGCAAAAUUAGAUGAAACAAAGAGAAACAGUGAAGAAAAAGAAUUGAAGAUGAAAUUGGAAGCAGAAUCGAAAAAGAGGAAAGAAGCUGAAGAGAAGAAGAAACAAGAAGAAGAGAAACUAAAAGAAGCUACUAAAGAACAAGAAUCCAGAAAAGAAAAGAAGGAGGUAGAGCUUUCGAAAACGAACCAAGGAUCAGAUAAACCGGUGCGUGAAGGCGGAGUAGAAACACGUACUCAGUUGGAGCUGCGAAAAGCUGAAUCGGACUCUGAUUCAAGUUCAGAUACAUCAGCUUCGUCUGAUGAUGAAAGCUCUUCCGAUGAAGAAACUUCCUCAUCUAGUAACAAAUCUGCUCAUUCCAGGAGACUGAUUGUUGAUACUCCAAAAGAGGCUCUUGCAAAAAAAUCAACCCCAAAGGAAUCAACUGUACAACAUGAACAUUCAAAUUCUAUGAGGUCUGGAAUUACUUCUUCUACCCAAAUAUCAAGUGCACAGGGUUCUUUCAAUAAAUCAACAACUAUCACUUCUACUCAACCCACUCAACCAGCAGUAAAAGCGUCAAGCCCUGUUCAAAAACUACCUCCUUCUCUAAGACCAUCCUUAAAUUCAUUAUCUGAUUUGGUAUCAAGAGGUAUCCCAGACGUGAAAGAAUCGGCCCUAUCAGGCAAGAAGAGUAAUUUAAGUAAAUCCACCACCCCAAACAACGAUGAAAGAAAUGAUUCCUCAUCAUCAGACGAUAGCUCAUCAGAUUCGGACUCAAGUUCAACUUCUAGCUCAGAUUCGGACUCAGAUUCUGAUUCAUCAUCAGACGAAGAGACAGGAAGCUUUAUUAGUGCUAAAUCUGCCAAUGUUGCAUUGACAAAAACGAAUAAGAAAGUUCGUGGAGGGUUUGCAUCUUUAAUCAAGGAUUCCAAAAGAAGAUAG